GCCAGCACUAUCGACGAGCUUCCCGCCCGUGUUGGUGAUGCGAUCUGUCAACAACGCAGCCUGCUCAGUAUGGAGCACCAGAAUGCUUCUGAUUUGGGGCUGCAUCUAAAUGCAGAGGUUGGAAACCGAGAGCAUCUCAUGCAGCAGUUGCUUGCAAGAAUGGAUGCAUUCGAAGCCGAACAGACCUCUCAGAAGGAGGAGAGGAAGAAGCAACAGCUACAAAUCAUGGAGCUGUGUGCAGAACACAAGGAACUGCGUGCAGAACUGGGGAUCCAGUGGGAUAAGAUUAUGGAGCAAGGCAACAGAACCGACAAGCUUCAGGAGGAGUUCGGGCAGAUCAGCCUGUUGUGGAGUUCGAUUCGGAAGCUGGAGGAGACUGCUGCACGUCAAGAGGUGCGGAUCCAGGUUCUUGAAGUGUACACCUAUGGACAUCACCUUUUCCUGUUCCCAUAACACUCUGCUCAUAGAUCUGUACGACCAUACCCAGCUCAACAAUGUACGCUGUCGUGCUGUGCUGGACGAGGCUCGGAAGGCACUCCUCUGUCUCUUGUA